AUGUCCUCAAAAGUUCACCAAGCUUCUUCAAUUGAUGUUCAAACAGAGAGGGCUUUUCAAAAACAAGAAACUAUUUUUAUUGGGGCAAAGAGACUUUUAUCAAAAAAGUCGAAUUCUAAAAUCCCACGUUAUUUUAAGGAUCCAGGUUUAGGAUUUACAGUACCAGCAGAAGCAAAGGAUGGUAUUUAUAUUGAUAAGAAAUGUCCAUUUACUGGUAAUGUUAGUAUUCGUGGACGUAUCUUAAAAGGUAUGUGUAUCUCCACAAAAAUGAAGAGAACAAUAGUAGUAAGGAGGAAUUAUUUGAAGUAUGUUCCUAAAUACAAUCGUUUUGAAAAGAGACAUAAGAAUAUUUCUGUUCAUUGUUCACCAUGCUUUGAUGUUAAAGAAGGUGAUAUUAUUACAUUUGGGCAAUGCCGUCCAUUAUCUAAGACAGUUAGAUUUAAUGUUUUAAAAGUAGAGAAGAAUCAAAUAUUUGGUACAGCUCGUAAACAAUUCCGAUUAUUCUAA